AUGAGUGGUGAUCCGAUGCACGACCAGGGACUCGCUGUACCUGUCGGUAAUGCACCCUCAAUGUACUCUGCCCAGGGACAGCAGUAUUACAACCAAUAUGCAUAUGAAUCAAACCAUCCCGAACCUAUCAAAAACCAUGAAGACAGAUUGAACGAAAAGGCAAAGAAAUGGCAACAGUUACAGAACAAGCGCUAUGGCGAGAAGCGCAAGUUUGGCUUCAUCGAGCAUGAAAAAGCAGAUAUGCCUCCAGAACAUCUACGUAAAAUCAUCAAAGACCACGGUGACAUGUCAGCAAAGAAAUUUAGACAUGACAAGCGUAUCUAUCUCGGUGCAUUAAAGUAUGUUCCUCAUGCCGUGCUUAAAUUGCUUGAGAAUAUGCCUAUGCCAUGGGAGCAAGUCAGAGAAGUCUCAGUCCUGUAUCACAUCACAGGUGCGAUUACAUUUGUGAAUGAGAUCCCGUGGGUCAUUGAACCUGUUUACAUUGCCCAGUGGGGUACAAUGUGGAUUAUGAUGAGAAGAGAAAAACGUGACAGACGGCACUUUAAACGUAUGCGAUUCCCACCGUUCGAUGACGAAGAACCACCGCUGGAUUAUGGUGACAAUAUCAUGGACGUUGAACCUCUGGAGGCCAUUCAAAUGGAAAUGGACGAUGAAGAAGAUUCGGCUGUAUGUGAUUGGUUUUAUGAUCCAAAACCUUUACUGGACACAAAACAUGUUAAUGGUACCACAUAUCGCAAGUGGCGCCUUGAUCUUCCUAUUAUGUCUACCCUCUACCGUCUCGCCCAUCAGUUGCUGUCAGACAUGAACGACAAAAACUACUUUUAUCUCUUUGAUCUCAACUCAUUUUUCACGGCAAAGGCUCUUAGUAUGGCUAUUCCCGGAGGUCCUAAGUUUGAGCCUCUCUACCGUGAUAUUGAUACUUCAGAUGAAGACUGGAACGAGUUCAACGAUAUAAACAAAAUCAUUAUCCGUCAACCUGUACGAACCGAAUACAAGAUUGCCUUCCCCUUCCUAUAUAACUCUCUUCCCCGUAGUGUGCGUGUUUCAUGGUAUCACUAUCCUAUUGUCGUCUAUGUUCGGUCAGAAGAUCCCGAUCUUCCGGCAUUUUACUUUGAUCCCAUCGUCAAUCCCAUCUCAUCACGAACAAUUGAAUCAGCUGGAAAGCAACAUGAAGAUUCCAUAUUUGGAGACGGUGAUGAAGACACCGAGUUCAGUCUUCCAGAGUCUGUCGUUCCCUUCCUCGACGAGACCGAAAUUUCCACAGAAAACACAGCAAAUGCCAUUGCACUUUAUUGGGCACCACAUCCAUUUGAUAAGAGAUCAGGUCGUACACGACGUGCACAGGAUGUUCCUCUUGUAAAAAAUUGGUACCUUGAGCACUGCCCACCUAACCAGCCCGUGAAAGUGCGCGUCUCUUAUCAGAAACUGCUCAAGUGCUACGUGCUUAAUGCACUCAAGCACCGGGCACCAAAAGCACUCAACAAAAAAUACCUCUUCCGCAGUCUGAAAUCCACAAAGUUCUUCCAGACCACUCAAUUAGAUUGGGUUGAAGCUGGUCUCCAAGUCUGUCGCCAGGGUUACAAUAUGUUAAACUUGCUUAUCCAUCGUAAGAACCUUAACUACCUUCAUCUGGACUACAACUUCAACUUGAAACCUGUCAAGACCUUAACCACCAAAGAGAGAAAAAAGUCAAGAUUCGGAAAUGCAUUCCAUUUGUGCAGAGAAAUUCUCCGCCUCACCAAACUCAUUGUGGACUCUCAUGUACAAUACCGUCUUGGAAAUGUUGAUGCUUUCCAGUUGGCAGAUGGUCUUCAGUAUAUCUUUUCCCAUGUUGGUCAAUUGACCGGCAUGUACAGAUAUAAGUACCGACUGAUGAGACAGAUCCGUAUGUGCAAGGAUCUGAAGCAUUUGAUUUAUUAUCGUUUCAAUACUGGGCCUGUUGGUAAGGGUCCUGGUGUCGGUUUCUGGGCUCCUGGAUGGAGAGUUUGGCUUUUCUUUAUGCGUGGUAUUGUUCCUUUGCUUGAACGUUGGUUGGGUAACUUACUGGCUCGUCAAUUCGAGGGACGUCACUCCAAGGGUAUUGCUAAGACUGUUACCAAGCAGCGUGUCGAUUCUCAUUACGAUCUUGAGUUGAGAGCCGCCGUUUUGCACGAUAUCACUGACGCUAUGCCUGAGGGUAUUAAGGGUAACAAAUCGAGAACAAUUCUGCAGCAUUUGUCUGAAGCAUGGAGAGCAUGGAAGGCCAAUAUCCCCUGGAAGGUACCUGGCAUGCCCACUCCGAUUGAGAACAUGAUCUUGCGUUAUAUCAAGGCCAAGGCCGAUUGGUGGACUAGUGUUGCUCAUUACAAUCGUGAACGUAUUCGUCGUGGUGCUACCGUUGAUAAGACCAUCUGUCGUAAGAAUUUGGGUCGUCUCACUCGUCUUUGGCUCAAGGCAGAACAAGAACGUCAGCACAACUACCUCAAAGAUGGUCCUUACAUCACAGCCGAAGAAGCUGUCGCUAUUUAUACAUCAACUGUUCACUGGCUCGAAAGCCGAAAGUUCUCCCCUAUUCCAUUCCCUCCCCUUUCUUACAAACACGACACCAAGCUCCUGAUUCUUGCUCUAGAGCGUCUUCGCGAAGCUUAUAGUGUCCAGGGUCGUCUUAAUCAAAGUCAGCGUGAAGAACUUGGUCUGAUCGAACAAGCAUACGAUAAUCCCCACGAGGCUCUCUCUCGUAUUAAACGUUUGUUGCUCACUCAGCGUGCCUUUAAGGAAGUUGGUAUCGAAUUUAUGGAUCUCUACUCUCAUUUGAUUCCUGUUUACGAUAUCGAGCCUCUCGAGAAAAUUACGGAUGCCUAUCUUGAUCAGUACCUCUGGUACGAGGCUGACAAGCGUCACCUCUUCCCUGCUUGGAUUAAGCCAUCUGACUCUGAACCCCCACCGCUACUGGUAUACAAGUGGUGUCAGGGUAUUAACAACCUUACUGAAGUCUGGGACACAUCUGAAGGACAGUGUAAUGUUAUGCUUGAAACUCAGUUCAGCAGAGUGUACGAAAAGGUCGAUCUUACUUUGCUUGGCCGUCUGUUGAGACUCAUUCUUGAUCACAAUUUGGCUGACUAUGCUACAGCAAAGAACAACGUUGUUUUGAACUACAAGGACAUGAACCACGUAAACGCUUUCGGUCUUAUUCGUGGUCUGCAGUUCGCAUCCUUUAUUUUCCAAUACUACGGCCUUGUUUUGGAUUUGCUAGUCCUUGGUCUUCAUAGAGCUAGUGAAAUGGCCGGUCCUCCUCAACUUCCUAACGACUUCUUGCAGUAUCGCGAUGUAACAACCGAGACCAGACAUCCUAUUAGAUUGUACUCGCGUUACAUUGAUCGUCUUCACAUCUUCUUCCGCUUCACAGCAGACGAAGCCCGUGACCUGAUCCAACGUUACUUGACCGAACAUCCUGAUCCUAACUUUGAGAAUAUUGUGGGAUACAAUAACAAAAAGUGCUGGCCUCGUGAUUGCCGCAUGCGUUUGAUGAAGCACGAUGUUAACUUGGGCCGCGCCGUGUUCUGGGAUAUCAAGAACAGACUGCCUCGUUCCUUGACAUCUAUUGAAUGGGAAGAGAGCUUUGUUAGCGUUUACUCCAAGGAUAACCCGAACUUGCUCUUCUCUAUGUCUGGUUUCGAAGUCCGUAUCUUGCCCAAGUCCCGAAGCAUGACUGAAGAGUUUACACUCAAGGAUGGUGUUUGGAACCUGGUUAACGAGCAGACCAAGGAGAGAACAGCCCAGGCCUACUUGCGAGUAGAUCAGGAGUCGAUGGAUAAAUUCCACAACCGUAUCCGUCAGAUUCUGAUGGCUUCUGGAAGUACCACUUUCAGUAAGAUCGCUAACAAGUACAACACAGCAUUGAUCGGUCUGAUGACCUAUUACCGUGAAGCUGUUGUCCACACACGCGAGUUGCUUGAUUUGCUGGUCAAGUGUGAGAACAAAAUCCAAACACGUAUCAAGAUUGGUCUCAACUCCAAGAUGCCUUCCAGAUUCCCUCCCGUUGUAUUCUAUACUCCCAAGGAAUUGGGUGGUCUUGGUAUGUUGUCCAUGGGUCACGUUCUUAUUCCUCAGUCAGAUCUUCGCUGGUCAAAGCAAACAGAAUCCGGUAUUACUCAUUUCCGAUCCGGUAUGAGCCACGACGAAGAUACCUUGAUUCCCAACUUGUAUCGUUACAUUCAGUCAUGGGAAUCCGAAUUUGUGGACUCCCAGCGUGUCUGGGCUGAAUAUGCCUUGAAGCGUCAGGAGGCAAACGCCCAGAACAGACGUUUGACACUUGAGGAUCUCGAAGACUCUUGGGAUCGCGGUAUUCCCAGAAUCAACACCCUCUUCCAAAAGGACAGACACACACUUGCCUACGACAAGGGAUGGCGUGUGCGCACUGAUUUCAAGCAAUACCAGGUUCUUAAGAACAAUCCAUUCUACUGGACUCACAGUCGCCACGAUGGUAAAUUGUGGAAUCUUAACAAUUACCGUACGGAUAUGAUCCAGGCCCUGGGUGGUGUAGAAGGUAUUCUUGAACAUACUCUCUUCAGAGGUACCUACUUCACUUCUUGGCUCGGUCUUUUCUGGGAGAAGGCUUGUUUUGCCGGAGAUACUUUCUUGUUGCUCGCCGAUGGUAACGUCAAGCUUGCUCGCGAUAUUACCACCAAAGAUCAGUUCAUGGGUGAUGAUGGUUCUCCCCGUACUAUUCUUGAAUGUGUUGACGGUGUUGCACCUCUUUACAAGGUUAUUCCUGUAUCUGGUGAGGCACUCGAGGUAACCGGUAACCAUAUUCUUUGCUUGACUACUACCAGCAAGUCUAGCCUGGUGUGGAGCGACGAGGACAAGAUAUACACUCUACGUUGGUUCAGUGACCAGAAGGGUGCUCAGGAGUUCACUACCGAUUCCCUCCAAGUUGUUACCGACCUUGUAGACUCACUUGAGGAAGAUGUCAGUGCAAAGGAACAGGAGUACUUCUCUGAAAUGACAGUGCGUGAGUACAUGGCACUUCCUCAGACCUUCCAGAACACUUGGUUGAUGUACCGCGCUGAACCAGAGGUGACCAAACAUAAUCAAGCUAUGGUCGUUGCUAUUAAGGCUGUCGAGUUGGUUCCUGAACCCCAGACCUAUUACGGUUUCCGUAUCGAUGGAAACCAACGUUUCUUGCGUUAUGAUGGCUUGGUUGUCCACAACUCUGGUUUCGAAGAAUCUAUGAAAUACAAGAAGCUUACCAAUGCCCAGCGUAGUGGUCUUAACCAGAUUCCUAAUCGUCGUUUCACUCUCUGGUGGUCUCCCACCAUUAACCGUGCCAACGUUUACGUCGGUUUCCAGGUUCAGUUGGAUCUUACUGGUAUCUUCAUGCACGGAAAAAUCCCUACACUCAAGAUCUCGCUCAUCCAGAUCUUCAGAGCCCAUUUGUGGCAAAAGAUUCACGAAGCAUUGACUAUGGAUUUCUGUCAGGUGUUCGAUCGUGAAUUGGAAGCUUUGCAGAUCGAAACUGUCCAGAAGGAAACUAUUCAUCCCCGUAAAUCAUACAAAAUGAACUCUUCUGCCAGUGAUAUUUUGCUGUUCGCUGCUUACAAGUGGCCAGUUUCACGUCCUUCGCUGUUGAACGACCCUAAGGAUAUUAUGGAUGGACCCACGACUACUAAAUAUUGGUUGGAUAUUCAGCUUCGCUGGGGUGAUUUCGAUUCGCAUGAUGUUGAGCGUUAUACUCGUGCAAAGUUCUUGGAUUAUACUACGGACAAUAUGAGUAUCUACCCAUCGCCCACUGGUCUCAUGAUUGGUGUGGAUCUCGCUUACAACUUGUACUCUGCUUACGGUAACUGGAUUCCUGGUAUGAAGCCCUUGGUUCAGCAGGCCAUGGCUAAGAUUAUGAAGGCCAACCCUGCCCUUUAUGUUUUGCGUGAACGUAUCAGAAAGGCCCUCCAACUUUAUUCAUCUGAACCUACUGAGCCUUACCUGUCAUCAACCAACUACGGCGAGCUUUUCAGUAAUCAGAUCAUUUGGUUUGUGGAUGAUACCAACGUAUACAGAGUCACUAUCCACAAGACAUUCGAAGGCAAUUUGACUACCAAGCCCAUCAACGGUGCCAUCUUCAUCUUCAACCCACGUACUGGACAGCUCUUCCUCAAGAUCAUUCACACGUCUGUAUGGGCGGGUCAGAAACGUCUGGGUCAGCUGGCUAAGUGGAAGACAGCCGAAGAAGUAGCUGCUUUGAUUCGUUCCUUACCAGUCGAAGAACAGCCCAAGCAGAUUAUUGUUACUCGUAAGGGUAUGUUGGAUCCUCUUGAGGUGCAUUUGCUCGAUUUCCCCAAUAUUGUCAUCAAGGGCAGUGAGUUGCAGCUUCCCUUCCAGGCUUGUUUGAAGGUUGAGAAGUUUGGUGAUUUGAUUCUCAAGGCUACUGAGCCUCAGAUGGUGCUGUUCAACCUGUACGAUGACUGGCUGAGAACCUUUUCUUCCUACACUGCAUUCUCUCGUCUUGUUCUCAUUCUGCGUGCAUUACAUGUUAAUAACGACAAGACCAAGAUGAUUCUCCGUCCUGACCGAACCACUAUCACCGAGCCUCAUCAUAUCUGGCCAACCCUGUCGGAUGAAGAGUGGGCCAAGGUGGAAGUACAGCUGAAGGAUCUUAUUUUGGCAGAUUAUGGCAAGAAGAACAACGUUAAUGUGGCUUCAUUGACCCAAUCUGAAAUCAGAGAUAUUAUUCUUGGUAUGGAGAUCCAGGCACCGUCUCUGCAGAGACAACAGAUCGCAGAGAUUGAGAAGCAGACUAAGGAGCAGUCGCAGCUGACAGCUGUGACGACCAAGACUCGCAAUAUCCAUGGUGAUGAAAUGAUCGUAACAACCACUAGUAAUUAUGAGAACGCGACAUUUGCUUCCAAGACCGAGUGGCGUAUUCGUGCCAUUUCGGCAACCAAUUUGCACUUGAGAACCAACCAUAUCUAUGUGAACUCGGAUGAUAUCAAGGAGAAUACAUAUACCUAUGUGCUUCCCAAGAACGUAUUAAAGCGAUUUAUUACAAUUUCGGAUUUGCGUACCCAGAUUGCAGGUUUCAUGUAUGGUGUCAGUCCGCCGGAUGCACCGAAUGUCAAGGAAAUUCGAUGUGUAGUUAUUCCACCUCAGUGGGGUACACAUCAGACAGUCCACUUGCCAAACACACUACCAGAACAUGAGUACUUGGCCGAUCUUGAGCCCCUGGGUUGGAUUCACACGCAACCCCAAGAAUUGAUGAAUAUUUCGCCCCAAGAUGUGACCACUCACGCCAAGUUGUUGGCUAACAACAAGUCCUGGGAUGGUGAAAAGGCUGUUGCGCUCACCUGUUCUUUCACCCCCGGUUCGUGCUCCCUUACGGCCUAUAAGAUCACUCCAGGUGGUUUCGAGUGGGGCAAGAACAAUAUGGAUACCAGUAGUAAUCCACAGGGAUUCCUGCCUACACAUGCAGAAAAGGUACAAAUUCUCCUGUCAGACCGCUUCCUUGGUUUCUUCAUGGCUCCUUCUGAAAUUUGGAACUACAACUUUAUGGGAGCCCAAUUCAAUGCGAAUAUGAACUAUCGCCUGGUAUUGGAUGUACCAAAGGAGUUUUACCACGAAUCGCAUCGUGCGUCUCACUUUAUGAAUUUUAGCAGUGAGAUGGAGACUGGUGGAGAAGCAGAUAUUGAGGAUUCAUUCGCAUAAAAAAAAGAAUAAGUGUAUAUCUAUCUAUAUAUAUAAAAAAUCAAAUAAAUGUAUAGCAAAGGAGAAGGUGAAGGUGAAUUAGUGUAUAUAACAU